CCCAGUUGUGACGCAGCAGCCUGGAGGGAAGCAGCGUGCCACGUUGUCCUGCCUACCCAGACAGAGCUUGUGUAUCUUGUGUCUGCACGGGAAUACCACAGAAAGGACCACCCACCAUGUCGGCAGUUACGGAGGUUCAGAACACCACAACCGAGGCCCUGGCCGCCCUGCUAGACGGGGGUGACGGCGCCCUGGUGACGCUGGUGGCGGGCGAGACGAGGGUGGCGGCUCACAGGGCCGUGUUGGCAGCCGCGAGCCCCGUGUUCGAAGCGAUGUUCGCGCACGACAUGCUGGAGGCCAGCUGCGGCCAGGUGAGCAUCGACGACGUGGAGGGCCCGGUGCUGAGGCUCCUGGUCGCCUACACGUAUACCCUGCAGGCCCCCCAGCUGCCCGACACGGCCGCCCAGCUGCUCUCGGCGGCCGACAAGUACGGCUUGUCGGCCCUGAAGGCUGCCUGCGAGCGGCAGCUGAUCUCGCAGUUGGCCGUCGAGACCGCAGCGGCGACGGCCGUCAGGGCAGUGAGGCACUCAUGCCCGGACGCCACCAGGGCUGCCGUCGCCUUCAUAAAGGACCACCUGCAGGUGAUGGCCACGCGGGGCUGGGCGGACGCUGUGCUCGAGUACCCGCAACAAGUCAUUGAAGUCUGCAGUAUGCUCGGUGAGCCACCGGCAGAAGCCAGCUCGCCGACUGCCACAGGGGGUGGGUCCACCCCCAACUCUGACCGUCAACCCCACAGCGGCCACAGCCGGACUCCUGCUGCAGCUGCGCCUCCCACAUCUGCCCGACACACCCCUCCACCUGAUGACGCAGCCGUCUCUCGCUUCCGGAGCCUUUCUGAUGCAGAGCGAGGCAGGAGGCUGAUAGAGGCGGCUGCGGAUGGGGCGGUGGAGGAGGUGCGGACGUUGCUCGCGGCUGGGGCGGACGUGGGGGCGAGGGGCGGGGGCGGGUGGACCGCCCUGCACUGGGCUGCACGGAGAGGCGACGCGGCUGUGGUGCGGCUGCUGCUCUCUGCGGCGUCCGAUCCCAACUCCAGUGAUCACAGGGGGUGGACGCCGCUGCACAUGGCGGCACACGAUGGCAACACAGAAGCGGCGGCCGCGUUGCUGCAGGCCGGAGCCGACAGGGGGGUGAGGGCUACUGACGGGAAGAUCCCCCUGGACUACGCCAGGCGGUACAACCAUCAGGAGAUCAAGUGGCACUGUGGAGUUCCCAGGUACCCCGCCGCCCCCUGCAACGGAGGGGAGCGGCCGGCGCGCUCGGUCCAGGCCUCUCCAGAGGCGCCAGUUGGGCACAGCUGGUCGCGGCGGGCCUUCCAGCAGGUUCCAACACGGCUGGAGUCGGAGUCCUCCUCCCCACGAUUCAAUCAUUUCGUUGCUCUCUGGACCUCUCUCACCAAGAGCUUCCUUCCGGUACCUUCAGGUGCCGACGCAUACGCAGGCAAACUGGCGUGGCGGCCUGCUCUCGGCCAACAUCACCGGCAUCAAAGUUACGAGUGUGGGAGCGACCUCCAUCCAGGAUAA